AUGACCAGUGUGGCAGAAAUGAUCAUGCAGAACAAGGACAAGAUCGAGAAGGCGGUGGAGAUCAUGGGACAGGCCUCUGCGAUCCUGGCAGCCACUGUGGGCCAGCUCCAUCCCAUCCUGGAGGCUGUAUUCUUAGUAUCCAGUGCGAUCUUCAGCAACCCAGAAGGUGAGGAUGCCCGCUAUCUGACUAAUCAGUUCAGCAUGGUCAACCAAAAACUGAAAGGCCUCCAGGCUGAGAACAACCAAAUCGCUGUGGAGCUAGAGCAUAUCUCCAUGAAUAAGCAGAACUUUGACCGUGAGGCUAAAAUUCUCAGCCAGCAUGAGAAGUACCAGGACUUUGUCAACGCCAAACCCGAGUCAAAAGAGAAGAAGAUGGAGAAGUUCCUCAGCCAUUAUGAGAACACAGACGCAGACUUGAACCUGGACGCCCUCUACAAUGAUCUUACUGGGGACAAUAUCUCAGGUAAGCCCAUGCUGGUUUCCACAGAACAAUGGAGUAGAAAGGCGGUAGAAGAGCACUGUGCCAGGCUUAAGAAGCUCUUUGUGGCGGGCAUCAUUGCUGUCAAUGGUUACGCCAGCCUCAAGAAAGGAUUUAUGGUGGAUGAGAUGAAGAAGAAGUGGCUGGAGCGUUGGGAAGAUGUUGAGAACCGCAUAAAAGCAGUGUUGGAUGAUUACACUGUAAAUUUACACAAAAGAGCCAAAAAGGAUAUGGACGACCAGCUUAAGGACAAACCUAGCAGUGUUGACCUUGACUUCACUGAAUCGAUAUUGAAAACCCUUAAAGAGAAAUAUUACUGGGUGAGCUGGUCUGUCAGGGUCUUCAAUGACAAGGAGCGCAUGUUCUGUUUCAACUGGCUAGUUGGAAAGAAGUACCAUGGCAGUGAGGGAGGAGCUAAUUACUUUGAAGUGAUGACCCAGAACAACAUCAAAGUGGUGAUCUCUUUCAGUGUUCAGCCUAAGCCUAUCGACAAGGUUCAGAUCCAGCAAGAGAUUGAGGGGCAGAAGCUGAAGAGGAACAUGAUGGAUGUGGCUCAGGUCCUCAGCAGAAGUCUCCCCAACUACCAGGUGCAUGCUGUCAGCUACUAUAAGAAAGUGGUGGAGUCCAACAACUUCCCAAAGGAUUGUUUCUACUAUGGAAAACACCAAAACGUGCACCUAUACAUUCAUGCUGUUUAGGCUUUUGUUUCACAGGGCAAUGGAAA